UUUUGUUUCCAUUUUAGUUCUGAUGACAGUCUGCUUUAUCACGCUUCCUUGUUUAUGUUUUUUUCCACUCGCUUGCUGAGCCAGUUUUGCCACCACGCUGACGUAUGGGAGUUGUAGUUCUAUGAGUUCUAAAAAUGCGGUUUCCGCUUGUCUAGCUAAACACUUCAAAACUACAUUUCCCAUAAAAAUACGGGUUUUGCAGUGUUGUUAAAGGAUAAUCUGGGCUGGAACUGCGUUUGGAGCUCCAACAGCUGCCUCGUCGUUUGGCACAACACACCGAGUUGAACCACCUUAUCUCCUCCAAAUCCCUGUCUGGCUGACAGCGGACAGAAAUGUCGGCGACGUCAAGUGAUGCAGAGUCGUCCUGUGGCUGGACCAUUAUCAGUAAUGAGGGUUCAGAUAUUGAGAUGUUGGGAGCAGAGGCUGCCGAGCUGUUAGAGCGUCCUAAAGUAGAGGAGGAGGAGGAAGAGGAGGAGGAGGAGGAGCGGCAGGAUGAACAGGCCUCAGACUCCACUGCUCAGUGUGAUGAAGAACAAGUUGCAGAGUCACUUGAUGAAACUCUGAAAGAGCAAACCAUAGAUGAGACAGUGUGUCCCUCAGAGGACGGCCACAGCUCCACAGGGAAACAGCAUGUGCUGUCCUUCAGCGAUCACUCCGACAUUGUGACUCUUGGAGAUCUGAAGGAGGACGAGCCCGCUGAGGAGGAGGAGGAGGAGGAGGGGGCCGCCAACGGGGAGUUUUACCUCGGCACCUCCUGCAGCAGCCAGUACGCCUUCAGUGCUGCGGAGACUGUAUUCCCAGGGCAGCAGCAGCAGCCUGCAGUGACUCACUCCAGCAGCAGUGAGGACGAGGAAGGGCUGAGUGCUGUUGUCCGAAGGCGAAGGUUGAGGAAGAAUACGGCUGGCAGCGUGACAGAGCCUGAGGAAGAGGAUGAGCAGGAUGAGGAGGAUGAGGGUGAAGUUCUUGAAGUCCGGACGCAAGGCAAGGGCAGCAGCAUCCUCAGCAGCUGCAUCCUGAUCGCCCUCGUCGUAGCCUUCAGUGUGGGCUUUGGACACUUCUAUGGUUCAGUCCAGAUUAAAGAAAGGCAGAAACCAGGGGAGGAAAUCAGAGUGAAUGAACUCAAUGUUGUGAUGGAUCUGAUUCAACGACAGGUUCGAGAACAACCUUUUAAACACCAGGGCCAGAUUGUUGACUUUGGAGCGGAUGAUCUGGAUCAGCAAGAAGUGAACUCACUGCUCUCACAGGUGAUGGAGAAGAUUCAGAAAGAGAACCAGGAGCUCAACAUCCAACAGGUCCUCAUUCAGGCCCAGAGAGAGGAGCUGGAGAUGUUGCUGAGACAGAAGGAGCAGACUGACCUGAUGGUGUCCGAGCAGCACCUGUUGACCGCUGAGAACAUUCUGCUGAUGAACUCCCUACAACAUAAAGAAGCGUCUCUAGCCGCCCUGCAGGAGGAGCUGAACAAGCUCAGAGAUCAGGAGGCGAUGAGAGCCGGUGCUGACUCGCUGCUUUCUGAAAACGAGAGGCUGUUAGACGAGCUGGAGGGGGAGAAACAGCUGAUCCGCAGCUUUCACAGCCAGAGGGCAGACAUGAUGGCUGAAACCCAGACACUGAGGAAGAAGCUCAACAAGCAGAGAACAGUUACAGAGGAGCUCAGGAGAGAGUUAGAGGAGCUGAGGAGUCUCUUCCCCAGAGCCAAUCAGGAGGCAGAGACAGAGGAGCUCCAGGCCCGUCUGACGGAGCUGGAGAAGAGGCUGAGCUUCGAGCAGCAGCGCUCUGACCUGUGGGAGAGGCUCUACCUGGAAACCAAAGAGGAGAGAGCUAAAGGAGACACGGAGCCCAAAGUCAAAAGUCAGAAAGGGGGCACGGCAGGAAAAGUUAAAGAGACAUUUGACGCUGUGAAAAACUCCACCAAGGAGUUCGUCCAUCACCACAAAGAGCAGAUAAAGAAAGCAAAAGACGCCGUGAAGGAAAACCUGAGGAAGUUUUCAGAUUCCGUCAAAUCAACGUUCAAAAACUUCAAAGACUCGGCCUCGACCCUCUUUAAAAAUGCAGGAGGCUUUUAUGAGAAGAGACGUGGCGAGAAGAACACAAAGGAGGAGUGGCAGCACAGAUCCACUCACAACACACAGCAGCGCACACACCACGAGAGCAGCCACAACACCCGCAAAUCAGGAGAUAAAGUUCACAGAGAUGGAGGUCAAGACUCCCACAAGGCAAACUACAAAGGAUGCUCGGGAGUGUUCGACUGCGCCUUCCAGGAGUCCAAGAGUCUCUUCGACAAAGCCAUGGAUCCAAUCAGAGCGGACGAGUUCAACCAGCUGCUGCGGAGCUACUUGCAGCAGGAAGUCGACCACUUCCACCACUGGGAGGAGCUCGAGAAGUUCAUCAACAACUUCUUCCACAACGGCAUGUUCAUCCACGACCGGAUGCUUUUCACGGACUUUGUCAGCGGGGUGGAAAACUACCUGAGAGAAAUGCACGAGUAUCAGGGCCUCGACGACGACGUGUUCAGAGAUCUCGACGACUUCGUCUACCGACACUUCUUUGGAAAGGGUUACAGAAAAAGCCACGGCCCAAAAACCAUGCAGCGGGCCGUUUGAAGGACCCGACACAGACCCAAAGGAGUCGAAGGCGAAGCAUCAGCAUCAGCAGCGGAAGCAGAGGGCGAGACCCCGACCGCACGGCGAGCGCACGUCGAGCCGCUCAGGAAGAGACGCAGACCGACACAUGGCCGACGUCAAAAUAGAACUGGGUCCGCUGCCGUUUGAUCCCAAAUAUUGAUAAUAUAUUUGAUUAGCCAAUUCCAUUUUGAGUUGUAUUUACCUGCUAUGUCCAACUUGUUUGCACAAUGUUAACUUUUUAAUGCUACUGAAGUUUCUUGAGCUGUUUUUGCUGUUUGAAGUAGCUGUUACGUUUGAGUUUAAGAUGGGUCAUAUAUGAUACAGUGCUAAAACACCAUUUGCACUCACCUUCAACCACAGCACAUAAUGUUUAAAAAUGUUUAUUGGGAAUGCAGAGCUUGUUUUAAGAUGAAUGUUUGUAAGUAUUUGUAGGAGUUGUUUUAAUUCGCUGCUACAGAGACAGAUGUGUGUGACUGAGUUUGCUUUCAUUGUAAAGAGGCUAUGUUCUAACAUUCCACAUGAAGCCUAUUUUUACUGGACCUGAGUUUUAUUUUUAUUUUUUAUUUGCGGGUAGUGUUGGGAAAGAAAUUACUGGAAGAGAAAAAUGACACACCACAUUUAUUUCAGUAGCAAUUUCAUGUUUUUACAAUCUCAUUCAGGAUCCAUUGUUCCAGUGUCAGUGCCUUUCAUAUAUAAAGAUGCUCCCUCCAACUCUCCCCUCGGGGAAGUGAGUAUGAAACAUC